CAUGGAUCACCCUCACAAACCCAGAAAGCCCAAAUCCCGGGAAGUAAGCUCCCGCUUCCUAUCUUCCCCCGCACCCGAAACCUCCACACUCCCAUCUCCAAGCCACCCUCUCUCGCCGGCCCGGAGAAAACUCGGUUCGCCGAUAUCCGAUGCCCGCAAACCCAAAACUCAUCUCGACGAUUCAAGCUCCAUCCGAGGAGGAGGACUAUGGCCAUCUUCAACAACCAAGAACUUCGACUCUCUAGCAGUCCAUCUCGGAAUCGAGAGACUCAAAGACAGUACCGACCGUAAAAACUCGACCUCCGUCACAAGCCGGAGAGAAGCGAGUGUGUUUAAUGAGAAAGACAACGCCAAAGAGAACCAUAGACCGGUUCUCGGAGGGUCGGCGAGGUACACCGGGAAAUUCAAAUUUUCCGGGAAAUCGUCGCCGUCGCCGUCGUCGUCUUCGACUUCAGUGUCUUCGAAUAAACUAUCGGCGGUGGUAGUUCCGGGGAGAUUUUCCGUUGACGGAAGUGGUCUGUAUCAGAACUCAACUCGGCGAAGUUUCGACAGUUUCGCCGAUACUCUCGAGUCGGGAUCGGAGUGCAGCGACGCCGGUUCAGGCAGGAAUAUUAAUAUCGGGUCGCCGAGUUUCGGGGCUCAGAGCUCGACGGCGAGUUCGAGAAAGUCGGGGGUGGAGGUUUCGUCUAAGUACAUGAGUGAUAUUCAGACGAGGCAUCAUCGGAGAUGGACGUCGGAUUCUAAUCUCCGGAAUCCGAUUUCGGCAGAGAGCUCUCCGAAAAUGAACAAGUUUAACCUGAAAAAUGUGAUCAAGAGGGCUAAUUCGUUGACCGGGUCAAAGUUCGGGACGACGCAGUGGGCAUUGUCGCCGGGAAGGAGCGUGGCGCAGCCGGGGUCGGCGGAGAGUUUGGGGAAGUCGACGUCAUUUUCGAGCUUGAAGCCUCCGACUAGUCCUUCGAAAAGUAAGGGAGUCGAGAAGUUGCUCAAUAUGGGGUUCGACUUGUUCAAGAGUAAAAAAUCUUCAUCAUCUACUAGGUCACUGGUGAGGUCUAAUUCCGGGUAUGGUGUGACCGAUACCGGUCAUCAACUCCGGAUGCUUCAGAACAGAUUGAUGCAAUGGCGGUACGCAAAUGCAAGAGUUGAAAUUGUGAACGGCAAUGUUGCUGAUCAAGCACAGGUCAAUUUUUUGAGUGCUUGUAAUAGUCUUAUGAAGUUGCGGCAAUCCGUGCUGCAUAAGAAACUGAAGCUUCAGAAAGAAAGGCUCGAAAUGAAGCUGAACUUUACACUACAUUCUCAAUUUGAGCCAUUGGAAGCUUGGGGAGAUAUGGAAAGGCAACAUAUGGGAGCAGUUUCUAUGUUGAAAGAGAGCUUACAUUCUGUUGUGUGCAGAGUGCCUCUAACUGAAGGUGCAAAGGUGGAUACUCAAUCAGCCGCCAUCAAUCUUCGAAAUGCUUCAGAUUACUCAGCCUCCAUUAAGUUGAUAUUGGCUACAUUUGCCCCCUCGGCUGAGCAGACUAGUGUGUUGCUCUCAGAAUUAGCAGAGGUUGUUGCGCAAGAAAAGUUGCUUUCUGAUGAGUGUCUUGAGCUCUGUAGAACCAUAUCAGAACUAGAGAUGGAAGAGAGGGGAUUGAAGUGUAGUAUUAUUCAAUUGGAAUCAUGGAAACAAGAGCAAAUUCAGCUGCAGCAGCAGGAAUCAAGACAACAAGAUAUCAUGCCAUGAUUUAUUUUGUUUUUGUUUAUUUUAGGAGUGAUGAAAUGAGCCUUUUGAUAUGUGAUUAUAGGCAUCUGUAAAUAAGCAGAAAAUUUUGAUCACUAACCAAUGAAUCUCAUUGU